GAAUGUGUGUAAAGAUGUUUGGAGAAAAAAAAAACGGUUGGGAGAAACGUGUACUGGAAGAAAAGCCUCGGUGGAGGCUGCUGGGUUAAACGUCGUUCGGUAGUAGGAAGCGGGUGGUGUAAGAGGGUGAUGGAGCGAGCGCGGUGCGGGGACCACAGAUCGCUUUCCUCGAGAAAAUCAAUGUUCCACCGGAAGAGAACGGAGUGAGCGCAUCGGGGACGCGCGAGAACCCACCGGGGACGGAAAAAAGGGAAAAUCCGUCAACCGGAGGACGAAAACGUGCACGAUCCACCUGCCGAUGUGCGUGUCUUCGCCACUAGAUCUUCAUCGAUCUCGACUCAUUUAUUUUCCCCUUGUGGUCGUUGAGUGCUCAGAAGCUCGACGCGCAUAACCGGGAUGUGCAUGUCGACAUGCACGCAAUGAACUCCGCGUCCAUGCACACGCCUUCUGAGCCGCACGCGCGGGACGGCCCCCCCAACAUGCAGCGGAUGUGUGCAGCCGGCGGAGGGUCCUUGUGAUAGAAGCCUUUCUAAAGGACGUCAGGAGCCGCGUGGAUUCGUUUGUUCUUCACCUACUUGUGGUUUUUAACACAUUUGGUGUGAAAACUUGUUUGCUUCGCGGCGAGAUACGCUCCCGAUUGACGGUGCCAGGCUGUUUUCUUCUCUGUCUCACAGGACUUGACUUCAUGCCGUGCACGCGGAUCCCGCCGUGCAGCCACGUGCUCAUUCAGCAAGUCCCCCCCCCACACCGGGCAUCUGUCUGGCUGCCAGUCUCUGUCAGUUCUGCUAUUGUGUGCGGCACCGAACAUAAGCUCUCCGCCAUUUAAUUGAACCUUUGUAGCACGUUUUCUUGCAAUGACCUUUAAAGCAGGGAAUACUGCGCCGAGUCUUUCAGUUUAAUGGUAAACGGUCUCUCGCUGAAAGCCACGCGAGAGUGAGGGGCCCCUUUUUGCUCACACACUCCUCCACCUGGAAAUCACAGGAGCCCUCCCCCCCCCCCCGAGAGCCCUCUGCGCAGGUGUGCAACCGGGCUCGCGCCAUGGACGACUCCGGGAUCAUCCGCCGGCGGAGGCUGCAGAAGGAUUUACCUCUGCCGCGCAAAAGCAGCAGUUGCAGAACCAGCAACAGGAAAAGCCUCAUCCUGACCAGCACGUCGCCCACCUUGCCGCGGCCACACUCCCCACUGCCUGGACACAUAGGAAGCAGUCCGCUGGACAGCCCGCGCAAUUUCUCACCGAGCGGACCAGCCCACUUCUCCUUUGCAUCCUCUCGCAGGGCUGAUGGUCGUAGAUGGUCCUUGGCUUCUCUGCCUUCCUCCGGAUAUGGCACCAAUACACCCAGUUCAACGUCAUCCAGUUCGUCCCAGGAGCGUCUGCACCAACUGCCCUUCCAGCCGACAAUGGACGAGCUGCACUUCCUGUCCAAGCACUUUGGCAGCACCGAGAGCAUCACGGACGACGACGGGGGCCGGCGCUCGCCGCACGCCCGACCUCGCUCUCGCAGCCUCAGCCCAGGGCGCUCUCCAUCCUGUUAUGACAAUGAAAUAAUGAUGAUGAACCAUGUCUACAAGGAGCGCUUCCCCAAGGCCACGGCUCAGAUGGAGGAGAGGCUGGCAGAGUUCAUCCACAGCUACUGCCCGGAGAGCGUGAUGCCGCUGGCCGACGGCGUCCUCAGCUUCAUCCACCACCAGGUGGCCGAGCUGUCCAGGGACUGCCUCACAAAGUCACGCGAGGGUCUCAUCACCAGCGUCUACUUCUGCGAGCUGCAAGAGAACCUGGAGAAGCUGCUGAACGACGCCUACGAGCGCUCAGAGAGUCCGGAGCUCACCUUCGUCAUUGAGCUGGUCAAAAAGCUCUUCAUCAUCAUAUCCCGUCCAGCCCGCCUCCUCGAGUGUUUGGAGUUCAACCCUGAAGAGUUUUACCAUCUGCUGGAGGCCGUGGAGGACCACGCCAAGGAGGGACAACUGAUGAAGGCAGACAUCCCUCGAUACAUCAUCAGCCAGUUGGGCCUGACCAGAGACCCGCUGGAGGACAUCGGCGGCCUCGACAGCUACGACAGCGAGGGUCCACACACUCCAGAGACUGAUGACUCCACAGAGGGAAAAGGGAGAGUCAUCAAGCCACCGAGUGAAGAAGAUUUUCAGAGCAUCAAGCUGAUCAGCAAUGGAGCUUAUGGUGCCGUCUACCUGGUGCGGCACAGAGAGACGCGUCAGCGCUUUGCCAUGAAAAAGAUCAACAAGCAGAAUCUGAUCCUGAGGAACCAGAUCCAGCAGGCCUUCGUCGAGAGGGACAUCCUCACCUUCGCCGAGAAUCCGUUCGUGGUCUCCAUGUUCUGCUCCUUUGAGACGCGGAGACAUCUGUGCAUGGUCAUGGAAUACGUUGAAGGGGGCGACUGUGCCACUUUGCUGAAGAACAUCGGGGCUCUGCCUGUGGAGCUGGCGAGGAUGUACUUCGCCGAGACCGUUUUAGCCCUGGAAUACCUGCACAACUAUGGCAUCGUCCACAGAGACCUCAAACCUGACAAUCUGCUGAUCACCUCCAUGGGCCACAUCAAGCUUACAGACUUUGGCUUGUCAAAGAUGGGUCUAAUGAGCCUCACCACCAACCUGUACGAGGGACACAUUGAGAAAGAUGCCCGAGAGUUCCUGGACAAGCAGGUGUGUGGCACCCCAGAGUACAUCGCUCCGGAGGUGAUUCUCCGCCAGGGCUACGGGAAGCCGGUGGACUGGUGGGCCAUGGGCAUCAUCCUCUAUGAGUUCCUGGUGGGCUGCGUGCCUUUCUUUGGAGACACGCCGGAGGAGCUGUUUGGACAGGUCAUCACAGACAAUAUAGUUUGGCCAGAUGGGGAUGACGCCUUGCCCGCGGACUCCCAGGACCUCAUCUCUGCCCUGCUGCAGACCAACCCUCUUGUGAGGCUGGGUACAGGCAGCGCUUUUGAGGUGAAGCAGCACUCCUUCUUCACGGAGCUGGACUGGAACAGUUUGCUGAGGCAGAAGGCAGAGUUCAUCCCUCACCUGGAGUCAGAGGAGGACACGAGCUACUUUGACACUCGCUCAGAUCGGUAUCACCACAUCAAUGCGUACGACGAGGACGACACCAAUGACGAUGAGCCGGUGGAGAUCAGCAGGUUUUCCUCCUGUUCUCCUCGCUUCAGCAAGGUGUACAGCAGCAUGGAGCAUCUGUCUCAGCUGGAGCACAAAGCUUCAAACUCCGUGUCCCGUCGGGAGCACAAAGGCCCGCGGGAGGACAAGGUGACCAAGAGAGAGAGCCUGGGCAGCUUCAGCAUGAGAGACAAGAGCUGGAGGACCGGAUCCCCCGAGAUGAAGCGCCUGUCUUGUUCCGAGUCCCUCUACACGGAGGGGGAUGCGAGCCCCCCUCUUGGCGCUCGCAGACGCUUCUCUGCACUGAUGGACACACAUCGCUUCGCCUCGACGCUGGACGGCGAGCCCGACUUCCUCUCCCGGCAGGCGCCCAUGAAGGUCCGCGGAACCUCACUGGACGGGACGAGCGCCCCCUCGCCGACCCUACUGGAGCAGAGGAGCGGUCUCAAGGAGAUGAACGGAGCAGAUAAGUCCCCUAGACAUGGAGAGACGGCGGGCGUUACCACGUCAACGUUAACAGCAGCUCCUUCCGCAGCCGGUCGCGAUGUGAUGACCCCUCUGUACGACCCGCUGGGGCCCCGGGCCACCAAUGACCUGGUCCUCCGCAGGGCCCGCCAUCAGCAGAUGUGUGGCGACGGUGACAAACGCAACUCCAGAGCUGGAAACAAGGUCACCAAGUCAGCUUCUGCCACUGCCCUGUCCGUCAUCAUACCAUCGGUGGAGCAGCACGGCGGCUUCUCUCCGUUGGCCAGUCCCAUGUCCCCCCGCUCGUUCUCCUCCAACCACUCGUCCCGGGACUCUUCCCCCAGCAGAGACUUUUGCCCGGCGGUGAGCGCGCUGCGCUCUCCCAUCACCAUCCAUCGCUCUGGAAAGAAGUACGGCUUCACUCUGAGGGCCAUCAGGGUCUACAUUGGAGACAGUGACAUCUACAGCGUGCAUCACAUUGUUUGGCAUGUGGAGGACCGCGGCCCCGCACAGGAAGCCGGCCUGUGUGCCGGUGACCUCAUCACCCACGUCAACGGGGAGUCCGUCCACGGUCUAGUCCACACCGAAGUGGUAGAGCUCAUCCUCAAGAGUGGGAACAAGGUGACGGUGACCACCACGCCUUUUGAGAACACCUCGAUUAAAGUGGGUCCUGCCCGCAAGGCCAGCUACAAGUGUAAGAUGGCCCGACGAAACAAGAGGACCGUGGGAAAGGACGGCCAGGACAAUAAGAAGCGAAACUCCUUGUUCCGCAAGAUCACCAAGCAGUCCAAUCUCCUGCACACCAGCCGCAGCCUGUCCUCCUUGAAUCGCUCUCUGUCCUCCAGUGAGAGUCUCCCUGGCUCCCCGACUCACAGCUUGUCUGCCCGGUCUCCGACCCAGGGCUACCGCUCCACCCCUGAGCCCUCAUACCUGGGAGCCUCCUCCCAGAGCAGCUCUGCGGCCUCCAGCACGCCAAACUCCCCCGCUCCCUCUCAGCACAUGAGACCCAGCUCCCUGCACGGCCUCUCCCCGAAACUGCACCGGCAGUAUCGCUCUGCCCGCUGUAAGUCUGCGGGCAACAUACCCCUGUCCCCGCUCGCCCACACGCCUUCCCCCACCCAGUCCUCGCCGCCGCCGCUGCCCGGACACACCGUGGGAAGCUCCAAUACCACCCAAUCCUUCCCCGUCAAGCUCCACUCCUCGCCGCCGGUGGUCCGCCCCAGACCCAAGAGUGCCGAGCCCCCCCGAUCGCCUCUCCUCAAACGGGUGCAGUCAGCGGAGAAGCUGGGCUCGCCUCUGACCCAGUCCAACUCCACGGGCGGGCUGGGCGGUCCGCUGAGGAAGCACAGCCUGGAGGUGCAGCACUCCGAGUACCGCAAGGAUGCCUUCCUCUGCGAGCUGGGGCUCCAGAGCCUGCUGGAGACGGACGGGGAAAACCUGCCCCCUAAUCCUCCCCCCCUGCCCUCAUCCUCGACAAACCCAGAGACCGGUGUCCUCAAGCCUGCGAGGAGACUAGGGAGACAGGAGUCGCCGCUCAGCAGGGAAACGCUGCUGGCCGGGAGGGACAGGGAAGAGAGGGAGAGGGGACGGGAGCGGGAAAGGGAGAAAGAGAGGGAUUCCGAUACCGGCACAGUCCUGGAGAGGUUGAGUCGCUUUGGAGCAGCAGCACCCCAGUCGUCCUUCACAAGAAGAUCUCACAGUGAGCUGUCCUUCAGCUCGCAGGCUGGACAAAGCUCUAGGCUUUGUGUAGAAUCCACAAAAGCUACAAGUUCUUGCGCCCUUAGCAAAACGACAGGAAGCCUGGUUGGUCAGAAGGGCCCUGAAAACAUUCCACAGACUCCGGCGGACUUGGCGUCAAAACAGCGAGACGCCAUGGGAUCCAAAAGUGUGUUUUCUAACAUUAAAGAAGUGAAGGAGCAGUUAUGGGGCAGAACCGAACCAAAGCAGGAAGGAGAUAACAGGGGCAGGCCCGGUGUCACAGGUGGUGCCGUGACCAGGAGCUCUGCUUCCGCUCCGGAUAAAUCAAGUGUCAACGAAUCGAAGGCUGGUCCUCUGAGCAUCAUCAAACCCUUUAAACCGUCAGCUCUGGGGGGCAGCCUUAGAAAGGCUGGAGGUGAGAGCGGCGACUCCAGGACUCCAGACUUUGGCUCCAAAAGCCCCAAGCUCCCAGCGCGCGGACUCGCCCCCGCCGUGCCCCCGCACGGGCAGCCGCUCUUGCUGGGCAAGGUGAGGCAAGGACUCGGGCCCGUCAACUGCUACCGGGGGACCCUUGACUGGGAGGACAAAUGCCGCCUGGAAGUGGUGGAGGAGCAUUCGCCUUCCCCCUCUCCCUCCCCGACAUCCGUCGCCCCCUCCCUCUGCGGACCCUCGCUCUGCAAGUCCCGGCCCGUCUCCCCUGGCGACAAGACGAGCUUCGUCAGCCAGCUGACCACCGUGGCCAAAAGCGUCCUCGGCCCGAUCAAGCUGGGCUCCCAGGAAGGGUCCAAGGGCAAAGAGCAGCAGGCCAAGGCGGCGGAGGAGAGGCAGGGAGGCGCAGCGGGGAGGUCUGACUCUCCCGCUGGAGGGCGAGUGGUUGUUGGGGCAGGGGUGGUGACCCAAAGUCCCGCUGGUUCACCGCUAGAGAGGGCAGCAACGGGAAGCAGCCGGUCCAACAUGUGACCCCAUGGGGUCCCUAAAUGGGGCUUUUUUGGAAGAACAAUACAUCAGAUGACAAGCACUUAAAACAAUGUACAUUCCAGUUUCAGGGUAUAUCAAAUGUUAUUUAUUGAUUCCAAUGAUUGACUAAUUCUAACUAAAAAAUGUAAUGUAAAGGUGCAUUACUGUUGAUUUUCUAUCAUAAACUAUUUAAUAAGAGGACUCGUUAAUGUAACGUAGAACACUUUACCAGAUAUAUAUAUAUAUAUAUGUGUGUGUGUGUGGGUCUAUGUGAACGCAUGUCAUAUAUGGUAUGUACUGUACAUGUAUACUAGGUACAAGAAGGUCAACAAGUGCUUUACCAAUCAAAACAUGCUGAAAACUGUGAAUACCAAAAUCCAGUCACACUAUUUUGUCCUUUAAACUAGCGCUUUGUUCUCUCACUGCUUUAUCAAGCAAGACAAUAACCAACUGAGUCGUGGUCCCAUUGUAAUAUUUGCAUUAAGUGUGGCAGCAGAGCCUCAGUUUGGCUUCAGCAGGUGAGCAAGCAGCAAGAUGAUUGAGCUCAUUUCUUUAUCCGGCAGUUUACAGAGUCGCUGUGCAUAGUUCCCACAAAGCCCAAGCAGGCACUCUGUCACUGGAUGUCAUGUCUGGCUCUGCCAGUCGCCGGGGAUUGUGUGUGUGUUGUGUGUGUGUGCAAGAGCAAGCGUGUGAAGCCACCUUGGGUCUAUUUCUGUUGCUUCUUGGAGGCUGCGUUGUCCUGCAAAGGAAAGCAUGUUUGACAGAGCUCAGGCUCAGCGCUUAUCUCCCCUUUGCAGGAGGGCUGCCACAGCACCCUGUAUUUCGGCUGGGGCCUACACACACAUAGCACUGUCAGCGGCAGUCAUUUUUUAAUACAUUUAAAACCCACGCUCCCACGAAUUGGGAUGCAAGUGUGUUUUGCGAGGAUUUUUGCUGGGUAAUUACACUCGAGGAGUGACUCAGCGGGUCAAACUGGAAAUAUUCAGGCGACAUUUAGGGUCCUGUAACGUUAACAGGCUUUUCAUAAACAAAUCCCACAGGCUUAGUGAUGAUAAUGUGUGUAGAUAUAGUACAUGAAAAAAGUCAUCGUAAGCACAUAUGCAGUGAACCUGUGUGUUGUUUUGAGCCCAAACAGGAAUAGUAGGCCGUUAUGGAUGUAGCAUACAGUUAUGUGUUUGUUAAAGGGCUCUAAAGAUAAGGUAGGUUGUGUGGAUAUGGCUGGGUACAAUAUAUCACAAUCAACCUGUUCCUGUAAACAGAGUGAUCUGCAGUAUAAUCAGAAUGAGGUUGUUAGGAACCACAAGUUCGGUAGUCAAGAUCGAUUCAUCUGAAACUCACGUUUUUGAGAGGUAACGCGCGGAUUUGUCAAGAAUCUGAGAAUGAUCCAAUAUUCACAGGGAGAAACGACUCCCGCUGGUCCUAUUUGUUCUCAGUAACUGCAUAAUGUCUUGCUACUCAUUCACAGCUGUAUGUGUGAGGACUGGGGUUAAGUGAUUAAAUCCAUUUUUAGUUUGAAAACCAAAAGUUAUUUUCAGCUCUCGAAAUGUAAACAGCUUUACAUAGAUAUGCAUUUACUUUUGCAAAAGGGAAAGAGGUCAAAGGCUUGUUCUCUAACUGUAUUGCAUAGAGAAGGCUACUUCCUGUACAGUUGAGCAUGCAAUAAUGCAUCCUUGACGCAAUAUGGAUAGAUUUUCUCUUUCUAAGGGAUAGCAAUCCAUCCUUAAAAUGGGUGUGCCCAUGAUUUUACACCCUUCAUCAGAAAGUGUCAUGCAGUUCAUGCGUCAAACCGAAGUUUGUUUUUCAGUUAAUUUUUCAUCGCACUCUACUGCCCUCUAGUGGUGUGAAAAAUCCACAGUCAAACAUCUUUCCAUUACAUGUUCAUUAAUAAUCGGCUUAAGUGAGAGUUUCAACCACUGAAAUACUGCAGAAGGGAGGUUAUUAGCCGUACAGUUGCUGAAAACGCAUUUAUGUUUCUAUUGACAAUAAUAUUUGCAGUAAUUAUCAAAUGGACACUUGAAACAUUUAUGUAUUCCUUUCCUGUUGUUGUGUUCUUCACGUGACUGUUAUUUAUAUCUUCUGGGAUAGAGAUGAACAUUUUUAAUAUAAUAUACUGUCUUAUAUAUUCUAACGAUAGGAAACGGUUAUUUUAUAUCAAUGUAAUAAUUGAGGCAUCGGGUCAGCCCUGAUAACUUGACUAAGAAAAAUGACUCAUUUUCAGGCCUUUUCCCAAUCAAUGGUGUCUAUGCUAGUGCUAUAUGUUUGAAAAUAACCCUUUUUUUGUGGUUGACGGAGAGUAGUUUAAAUGCACUUUAUUUCAAAUUUGCUGUUAGUUACUUUGACGAAAAAUCUGGUCUACUUUAUACAGAUAUGUAUUCUAGAAUCGAACACAGAAGUCCAAGCAUAAAGAACACAUUUCUCUGUUCACUGAACGUGUAUUUAUUUGUACCAUGGGGCAUUUUUGUUUGUGAUAGAUGUGAUUCAAAUGCAGACACCUGAAGUGCAGUAUGUGGAAUAAAGAUUAAGAUUUGUUCCUAGA